AUGGAAGCCACGCUUACACAUCGGCCGUGGGAGCCUGCCACCAAUGGACCCCGAACCCCUACAGUAUCUUCAUCGCAGACCCUCCCCUCGAUAUCGACGUUGACAGCGAGUAUGACCACCACCGCCGCUCCUCCAGCGGAGAAGUCGCCCGGCAAUGUGUCGUUGAAUACAAUCGAGCGCGAUUCGGGGAAUUGGUCAAUGCCUCAGAGCACAAGAUCCUCUACCUACUCCACUGCGACAAACGGGACCGGUAACUACCCUUCUCUUUCAUUCCUUACGUCCUCUCAGCCGUCUCCCAAUCGCGUGUCCACGGUCUCCGAUCGAUCUCCUUAUCCCAACGACCAUUCGAACGCCAAUACUCCUUCCUCCUCGGGUGCACAGCCAUCUCCGAACUUUGGCUCGGCGCAGCCAAAUCCAGCGCUUCCGUCCAUUAACCAGAACUAUGACGCGCCAUCUCAGAGAGGUAGCAUUGCAGAGCCCGCAGAGUCACGACGGAGCAGUAUUGAUAGUCGGAUGAAUCAGGGAAUAAGCUCCCUUGCCAUAAACCCCGCUUCUCCCUAUCAUAGCACAAACGCGUCGCAGACAUCGAUCGUCUCGGGGUUACAACGGGAGCGUGGAAUAUCUAUGGAUGUGAAUAUGAAUAAUACUUACCGAGGCCCCCGGUAUUCUGGGGGGCAGCCCCUCUCCCCUUUGGGCCCACGGGCUGGCGAACAUCGUGGAUUUGCGGCUGGCCGCACUGCCCCUGCGAUCUCGUCGAACCCUCGCUCAGAAAUUUACAAUGCGGAGGCGCCCACAGCUGGUCUUGCAUACGCUUUCCCAGAUCCGGAUGUUGCACGGUCCAAUUCGAUCUCUUCCACAACCGAAAAGUCGAACGCACAGUUUUGCAGAAAAGGAAGCACGGCGGAGUCCUUUUCAAGCAGCAUCUACUCGGAUUCCCGUUUGCCUCGUGGUCAGCAUGAACUCCCUCAAAAUGUCCACCAUCAUUCGCUACAACACAAGCAAGUUCGUGGACUUAUUGGAGAGGCCGACCUACACGGCGGUAGUACCCCAUACAGCAGGACACCUGAGCUGAGGGUGACACAUAAGUUGGCGGAGCGGAAACGCCGUAGCGAGAUGAAGGAUUGCUUCGAGGCUCUGCGGAUGCGUCUUCCGCAAAGCCAGAACAACAAGUCGAGUAAAUGGGAGACUCUUACGAGAGCAAUUGAAUACAUUGGACAACUGGAGAAGAUGCUGAGCAACGCUCGCCGGGAGAACGAUCUUCUCCGGACCGAAGUGGACGACAUGCGGGCCCAGCUUAACCAGCAGCAGCAACAGCAACAAGCUAAUGGGCAAUCACGACCGCAGUCAAUGUUCGAGCAUCAUUCGAUGGCCACAUCACAGGCUAAUGGGCAGUCACAUGGCGCCAUGUUUCCUGGUUACGCCCCGGGCGCCGGGAUGACGCAGGAGCAGCCACGGACUCUACCGCCUCUGAUGAAUGGGUCUGUCGCACCAAUGCAAGGUGUGCAGUACACUGAUGAGCGACGGUAA